AUGCCGGUUCAAUACAAAAUCGAGAAAAAAGAAACGACGAAGAUUUUGGUGAAGAAAACUGAGAUUAGAAAAAUUGUAAGUGUGGUGAACAAUGCAGCUCCAAAACAGGUGAGUACGAAGUUCCACAGUUUUUAUGAAUGUCGUAAAUUUUAAAGAUAUCUGCUCCAAAACCAAAACCUACUCAAAGUUCGAUUGCGAAACCGGUAGGCAUGAUUAUUUUCAGUGAAAAAAACACCUUAAAUUUGAACUUAUUUUCAGAAAGCAGCAGCUCCAAAACCAAUUCCAAAACAGGUGAGUUACCGAAAUUAGAUUGAAAAUACAAAAAUUUUAUAUUUUUCAAGAAUUCCGCUCCAAGAUCUACACAAAAAGCAGCGCCAACCCAAGCUAAUCUCUUUUUGAUGGCCAUAAAUCCAAAGAUUUCCAACUGUUCUCACAAAACUGCGCAAAUUUCGAAUUCAAAACAGGUUAGUCCGUAUAUUUAUAACAGAAAUUCGAAAAUUCUCAAGUUUCAGAAAGCACCAGCAGCAAGACCAACUAAAACCGUUGCCAGAAAAUAA